AAAUAAUUUUACCUAUGCCAAUCCAGAGUAUGAGAGAUAUUUUUGCUUCAAAACAAUUUAAAAAGGUCAUCCACAGAAACUUACAGAGUACGGAGAAGAGACCUCCAUUGUCUCCUCUGCCUCCAAAGGCUCAUGCUUCCCACAUGAAGCAUAAGAAGAAUGAUAAAAUCAGCAAAUUUCAAUAUGUAUUUGAAAAAGAUCAAGAAACUCUUCAAAAGAUAAAGAUGAGUAGCUCAAGGAAUAAAUAAAUGUUCUCACAGAACGGUCAAGUUGGCUCCUACUGUAAAGAGUGAGUUAAAAGCAAGUGCUUUCUCAAGAUGCUCAGCAAGUAUUUUCAGAAGUAUCCAGAAACAAGAUCGUUCACUUUCUAAUGCACCAGCGAACACUAUUCCAAUACUAUCAAACUUUCAAGAUCUGUUUCAUAUAAAUAAUUGCCAAUUUCAAGUAAAAAGAGAGAACAAAGGGAUUAGAAACAAAUCGACAAUUUUACGAGAAAAGCCAAGCUCUUCACUUCCCGUUGCAAGCUCUCCCCUUCAUACUCCAAGUAAAUAUAAAGAGAAUCUGGUAAACCAGUUCUCCACAAUUAAGAAAUUGAAAAAGAAUUUCUUCAAUUUCUCUGAAAGCUCAACUGUCACUCCAGAGAGUACGCCUCCCACAUUCUCAAAGGGGUCUAUGAUGUUUUUAAAAAAGUUAAGGGUUGCUAAAAGCAAGAAAGCCCAGCACUCAUUCUGAGUAAAGAUGAACAAGGCUAAGAAGGCCAAUAAAAUUAUCCAACUGAAAAAGAGAUUAAUGUCAGACGAAAAUCGCCAAGAAUAUAAUUUUCCAGUUUUAAAUUAAAGCUGGUGAAUUUCUUUAAAUUAUAUUAAGGUCCUUUCAUUCAC